CGCGUGCGAGGGCUAUCUCUCCCUCUUCCCAAACACACACACACACACACACACACACAUACACACACAUAUGCACCCACACUCAUCAUUAGAUAGGAACGGCGGAGGACCACGAGCCCGAGAAGACUCCAAAGCUCUGAGAGCGUAAGGAGCUGCGGCGGCACGGAGCGCACCUUCUGGGGUCCUCGCGCGGAGGCGGGGGCGCUCGAGCUGGAGGUCAUGGAGCACAUCAUCGGCGGGGCGCAUCUCCAGCACACGCACGCUGAGCCCAUCAGCUUCGGUAUCGACCAGAUCCUCAACAACGUGGAGCAGAGCUGCAUGCUGGGCGCGAGGAUGCACGAGCAGCCGGACUACGGUUACGGCGGCUGCGUGGUGAGCGCGGCCUACGGCGGCAUGAACGGCGGCUUCACGUGCAGCAACAAUGGAUACAACAACAUGAACCACAUGAACAACAACAACAACAACUCCUGCGGGAUGGGGUCCCUUGGCAGCACGUACAACAUGAACAUGGGGGUGAGCUUGAACGGAAGUAAUGUGAACGGCGCCGGAGUGAUCCGCGUGCCGGCGCACCGGCCGAUAGGCAGCGGGCACGCCUCCUUACAGAACGGUGGCAUGAUGUCCGGGGCCAUCAACAACCUGACAGGACUCACGUUCCCAUGGAUGGAGAGCAACAGACGGUAUACCAAAGAUCGCUUCACGGUGGCCCUCUCACCACUCACUGUAACACGCCGCGUAGGUCACCCGUACCAGAACCGCACGCCCCCCAAAAAGAAGAAGCCGCGGACGUCGUUCACGCGCCUGCAGAUCUGCGAGCUGGAGAAGCGCUUCCACCGGCAAAAGUACCUGGCGUCGGCGGAGCGCGCGGCCCUCGCCAAAGCCCUGAAGAUGACAGACGCGCAGGUCAAGACGUGGUUCCAGAACAGGAGGACCAAAUGGAGGCGGCAGACGGCGGAGGAACGAGAAGCUGAGCGGCAGCAGGCGAACCGCAUCCUCAUGCAGCUCCAGCAGGAGGCCUUCCAGAAGACCAUCAACCAGCCCGUGACCCCUGACCCGCUGUGCCUUCACAACAGCUCCCUGUACGCCCUCCAGAACCUGCAGCCAUGGACAGAGAACACGGGCAAAAUCAGCAGCGUGUCGGCAUGCGAAUAGGACCUCCAAAAACUGCCCUCAGUUUUUUUCUAUCAGCUUUUUUUAAAGAUUGUUCACUUGGAUGUUGGAUUAAAGAAGAAAAGACAGAGCGAGAGCGAGGGGGCUGGAAAUAAAUUGGCAUGCUGCAUUGCAGUCAAAAUACUCUGGUUUUGGAAACGCCAUUACAAGGCAUAAGAAGACAUCAAUGACUUCAAGGACCAGAGAUUUGGCAAUAUAGACCAUUUAAACCGGCUCGAUAACCGCUAAUGGCGAACCCGAAUUUUAUCAGAUUAGGCAUCCUGGGGGGACCCACCCUCCCCAGAGUCAUAUUUUCAUAUCUUAACUUCCAAUUCUCAUCUUUGCAAUCAAUGAUUUUUUUCAAUAUUCAAUAUUAUCGACAUUUUUAUUUGACUGAAAGAGCACCUUUAGCACAUUUUAAAAACUUUUUCUUGGCCUAUAUCCUCAAGCACUAUUUAACAGACAUUUCAAGAAGAUUUAAAACCACUUGUCUGUAUGAUGUAUUUAUUUCUCAUCACGUUUUCUGAUCUUUUAUACAUUAUAGCCUACGUUCAGUUGUCCAAGUAGGCCUAUAGCCUAGGUAUCAUGUUGUUUAUAUUUCAUCUAGCCUACAAUAUUUGUUCAUGGCUAAACGCAAUUAAGAAGACCCCAUGUGCUGGAUUGUAUUUGUGUUCAUGUCGGAUUGCCUACAUUUUGUUUAAAUUCCGCAAGAUAUAGGAUAUUUGACAAAAUACAAUUGAAUGUAAAUUAUUUUGAACAAGUUCCUUCUCAACAAUAUUAAACAAUAGCAACGGUUGCAACAUUAUUUGACUUAACAAUAGGCCUAAUACGUUUGGUUACAACAUGUUUCUUACUUCUGAUGUUGAUUUGAACAAUGAUGCUGCGUUAAGAAUCACCUGUUUCCAUCCCAUUUAAAAUGAAUUCAAGUUAUCUACAAUGAUCGGGUGUGUUGCAUUGUUUUAAAUGUAAAUCAUUAACUUGUUAUUAAUGAGAACUAAGCCUAUUGGUCCUCAAGCCUUUUGAAAAUGUCCUUCCAAAUAAUCAGCAAACUCUUAUUUUGUAAAGUAAGAGUAAAUUACAGAUGGAUAUCGGAAGACUUAUUAUUGACAAACCCCAUGUGUUCAAAACACGAGGCGAUUCCUCAAUGGCUGACAAUCGUAGCGCGUGAUGGAUGUGGGUGUCAGAGAUGACGAGCCAAACGGUUCAGCAUAAGGAUGUACGUAAUUCACAUCUUCAUCUUCUCUCUCUCCCACACUGUGUGUGUGUGUGUGUGUGUGUGUGUGUGUGUGUGUGUGUGUGUGUGUGUGUGUGUGUGUGUGUGUGUGUGUGUGUGUGUGUGUGUGUGUGUGUGUGUGUGUGUGUGUGUGUGUGUGUGUGUGUGUGUGUGUGGAGGUGUGCGUGUGUGCGUGUGAUGUGAGCCUCUCCAGAACUUUACCUCGUCCCCUUCGUCUGCACGGACUGCAUGCCGGGAAUUUAAUUUCCCACUUUAAGAGCAAAGAUAACUGAUCGGCUGUUUUCUGGCGGUUACCAUGGAAACCAUACUCACUCAAAAUCCAACUUGGCAUCAAUGCAAGACGGCACAGGUCCAUGCUAGGUCCAUGGGCACGAUUGACGAAUCACAUUUCCGUCUUCUGUAUUUCGUCAUGACGUCAGGCAAACGAAUAAAAUCCUUUAGACGUCAGACGAAUUUUAACUGUCUAGUCAUAGGUCCCCGUAUUUGAGGAAAAUAAUGAAUGCUUGCUAAAACGCUUACUUCUGUCUUGUCAGUGACAUGGAUCCAAUGAGAGAAUAAGCUAAAAUGAGGUUCCCAGUCUGCUUGAGGCCUCUGAAAAGGCAUCAGUUACAAAACAGAAAAAUCGAUCUCAACGACAAGAAUAUUUUGAAAUAAUAUUCUAUAGGCAUAGGCUACACCACGCCACAGCAUAUAUAGAUAUAUAGAUGGAAAAGCCUAUUAGCAGCCAGCCAGCC